AGGGGAGGAAAAGCAAGCCAGCAACAAAGCUUCACUUCCAAGCUUUAAUGGUCUUCACCCCAAAAAGAACAAUCCCACUUCCAACAUUAACAAUUAUGCACUAAUAAUUUAUACUUUCACCUAAUCAAUUAAUUAAUAGAUUUCCUAAGCUUACAGAUGCAUUUUCUCUGGGACUGGGAAUGUCCAAAAUGGCUAGUGGUCUACUAAUACAAACUUCAGCUGCUCUCUCUCUCUCUCUCUCUCUCUCUCUCUCUCUCUCUCUAUAUAUAUAUACAUGUAUGUAUAAUCUGUCUUUACACUCUUGGCUAAUUAUCACUUCUCUAAAACCCCAGUCGAGAGCCACCACAUUGCUUCUGCCUGAACCAAUAGCAUCCAAUUCUUUUUUCCAGUAACCAAAGCCCUCAACCUCUUUCCCUUUGUGUUCUUCCCCAUUUCAGAAUAUGGUUUUGUGUCCCCUUCCUCCUCCCCAUUUGUCCUCCUCGCCUCUCUGUCUCUGCUGCACCCUUAAAAAAUAACUUAUUUUGCUCUUCUGAUUGCAAGUCCCCAAAAACAACUCUUGAUCUGAAGUGGGUUUUUGUUUUUAAGCUUUUUUAAUCAUUUGGGUUAUGGAAGUUCAUUGUGAUCUUGAAGUGGAUGUCAAUGGGGAAGAGUCUUUCAUGGUGGACAAGAGAGCUAUUGCCUCCUACUGUGGAAAAUUGAGCAAACUACUUGGUAAAUCAAAAGCUUCCUCAAGAAAUCUUAAAGUGGUAUUCCAUGAUUUUCCCGGAGGAGCAGAGAGUUUCGAGCUGAUUGCGAGGUUCUGCUACAACAAUGGCAGCAUUUACAUAACUCCUUCCAACAUUUCCCUCCUUUACUGCGCCGCGCAGUUCAUGGAAAUGAACAAUUCUGUCGCCGGUAGACAUAAUUUGUUACAAAAAGCGGAGAAUUCGUUUGAAGAGAUCAGGUAUUGGUCAUGGUCUGAGCUUUUGACGGCCUUGAAGCAGUGCCAGGAUUUGCUUCCGGUUGCAAAUUCUUUGAGUCUAGUUGAGAAAUGCUUGGAUACCCUUGUUGCAAGAUUGCCUUUGACAAGCGAAGCGAGUCCUUGUCCUUCAACAUCAUCUCCGGAUAGCUCUGGAAUUCGGUUUUCGUGCGACACUAGAAGCACCGAGAGUUUGAAAACUACCUUGUCUCGAGCAACCUGGUGGUUCGAGGAUCUUCUAGUUUUAGGUCCAAAUUUGGUUGAAAUGCUGGUCAAGGCCAUGGUUUCGCGAAAACUCGAUCAUGUUAUCAUUAGUAGGUUCCUCUUUUACUACCAGAAAUCGAAGUUUUACACUGUCAAAUCUGAUACCAAGCGCACCAUUGCUGAAAUGGUCAUUGAGAUGCUGUAUAUGCUUGAUCAGAGCUGUGUUUCUUGCAAGAGCUUAUUUGGGAUUCUUCGAGUUUCGCUGAAUUUGAACUUAAACAAAAGUGUUAGGAAUAAGUUGGAGAAUAUGAUCGGUUCACAGCUAGAUCAAGCAACAUUGGACAAUUUGCUUGUUCCAUCCCCACAAGGAAUCAAUUAUUUGUAUGAUGUCAAUCUUGUUCUACGGUUCUUGAAAUCAUUUCUGCAUGACGGAGGAACCUGUCAAGCUGACAGGCCCCCAAUGCGAUUAAGGAAAGUUGCUGCCUUGGUUGAUUUGUAUAUAGCAGAAGUAACCCCAGAUCCUCGUUUGAAGCCUUCAAAGUUUCUGGCUUUAGCCAUCGCGCUGCCGGAUUCUGCGAGAGUCUCUUAUGAUGAGCUUUACCAUGCCAUAGACAUGUAUCUACAGGUACACCCAGGAUUGUCCGAAGAAGAAAAGAUGAAGAUAUGUUGUGUGUUGAACUAUGAGAAGCUCUCAGCAGAGACUUACGUACAUCUUUCACAGAACACAAAAUUUCCAUCAAAAUCCGCAGUCCAAGCUCUUGUCUAUCAGCAAUCCAAGCUCAAAAGCUUACUCCACGCAACCAACAAUCCCAAGUCCUACACUGACUCCCCUUAUAGCGCCAUUACUGAGGCCGAAAGUAGGGGAUUGAGGAAAGAUGAUGCCAAUGUACAACUUGUGCUUUAUGCCGGGAAAAUUGAUCUCUCAGAUGACAAUGACAAGCUCAGAGCACAUCUGCAAGGCAUGCAGUGCAGGGUCAUGGAAUUGGAAAAACUUUGCAAGAAAAUGCAAUCUCAAAUGUCAAAGUUUACGAAAUCGAAAUCACCAAGCCACAACCGUACAAGAUCUUUGCCCAAACUUUGUUCAUGAUACAAGUUUUGCAUUUCAUUCCUUUAGUUAUAAUCAUUAUCUCAUGUGUAUAGCUCAAGGAAAUUGUUUUUCUUUUAUUUAUUUUUUAUGCGUUUUUAGCAGAUUCUUCUUUCUUUGCUGCAUAACUAAAGUUGUUUCACUUAGAUUGUAAAAUCUUUGGUUGUACAAUUACAGAAAGAGAACCUGUUGAUUCAUUUUUUA